CAGACCCCGUAGAUCCGGCCUAGCGAAUUGCGCUUCUCUGAUUAUUUGUGACUCUAGUUCCUAGGUUGGCAACUUCAUCCCUUUUAGAGCGGGAAAUAUUGUUUAACAUUAGAAAGGAAGAGAUUUACGUUUAUAUCAUUGCCGUUCACAGAUUUAUCUAUUAGGUUGACAUGAGCGCGAAACUGAGCAGUUUGCUCAGUCAAAAAGACCGGGCGCAGCUGCAAGAAUUUGUACAGGAGACUUCGACUGAGGAGCUCGUAAGGAUAAUAUCGAAUGGAAUUUGUAAUGCGGACAUUUCUCGGAUAUUAGAUGAAAUACUGCAGGUGUGUUCUGAAUCAGAGAGUUUGUACGCUAAGAGAAUUAAAUUGAUAGAAUCCACUCUGAGAGCACUGGGCAAAGCCAAGAUUUCGAUCAGUCACGCAAACGAGAUCGUGAAUCGAAUAGUGGUGGACUUUCCCAACUAUCCAAAGCUACAUCUAAUCAAAUUGGUAGACUUUUGUCUUGCUAGUAUUCACAGCAAUGACGAUGAGUUCAGGAGUUGGAAAGAACUAUUACCUGUUCUGCUAGAAGUGUUGGAGGAAGAGAAAUAUAUUAAUCAUAUGAAUGGUGAGGUUUCUGGCUCCAAAUACAAGUCGAUUAUUAUUAAUAAUAUAUGCAACAGUGAAUGGGACACACAGAUAAUGCCAUCAUUGGCAAGCAUGUUUAGAGAGAUAUCUUUGGAAAAAGAAGACCAUUCUGUAGUAAUUACAGUACUAUGCACAAAAUUACAAGACAUAUCUCUUGAGGAAGUGCCUCCUUUUGUGCAUCAGACAUUGAGAUUGUGUACAAAUCAGGAUAGUAAAUAUCUUUUGGAAGCUUUACGGAAAUAUUUCUCAUUACGCUAUUCACAAACUGAUACAGAUACAGAUACUUUUGAAACUAUCGAUGUGAUAAAUCCUAAGGAAGUUCAAGAUGUUGAAAGUACAGUAUUAUAUCAUAUAUCUCAAGCAGCAGAAUUGAAUCACCAACUCAUAAGGGAUUACAUAAAGUACUUCAAAAGUGUGUCACAUGUUCCUGAAGCUAUAUUAGAACCUUUCAUGCUUUCUGUUUUGCUCACAGUUGCUUCUAUUGAUGAAAAUCAGAUUUACGAAAUGCUGCGAGCGAUUAUUAAUAAACGAAACGAAAAUGACAGUAAACGGAAAAAUAGCGCGUGGUUGAGGAAAUUGAUUCCUGACUCUUGUAGCAUAAUGACUGUGAUAGGAAAUGUCAUCGAAACAAGUAACAGAGACCGCCAUAUAGUAUUAAAAGGACUCGUAGAUCUCGCAUUUGUUCUCAUGGCUUCAGAAAAUAAGACAAAAACGAGUACACAUAUUCUAUGGCAAAUUGGUACGAAGAUACUUCAAAAAAUCAUGAGGAAGCAUCACGAGACGGUUGCGACUAUAUUUCAAAUAUUGAUUGAUAAAAUAAUCGCUGGUUCAUGUAUUUCUCAGUAUACAGAUUGUUUAGCAUAUAUGUGCCGUAAGUUAACAGUUCUAGUGUUAGACCAUCAAAGUUCUAUAAUGAUGCUUUUCGAUCAAAUUUCAUUUAUACCUGGAGAGAUUGCCAUUUUUAUUGUUUCUGCAAUAUUUCCGUUGAUACAAGUCUCAGUCACUAUAAGAGAACAUUUGAUCUUAACGUUGAGGAAGGCUUUAUACAGAAAGGGUACAUCUAAUCGACAAAUGGCCGUCAGUGGAAUUUUGGAGAUGUUGAGGAAUUUGAAAAUGCAUUCUAUGAGCGGACUCGCGAUGAGCUCGAGUCAGUACGUCAAUUCGUCGUCUGGUGCGAGUUCCACAUCUAUUUUGACUCAGGUAACUUUAGAGAGAGGUACUCAAGGAACAGGAUCUACCUUGAGAUACAAUAGAACAUUAUGUUAUGAUAUAUUGGGUAUUUUAAGAAGAUGUUUCACUCAUGAGUGUGAAGUUCGAUUACAUUUAUACAAUGGUUUGUAUGAAGCUGCAUUGAAAAAUAUCGAGAUAUCAGAAUACAUAUUAGAGAUGUUAUUACCACAUUUUAAGACUUUUUUUGAGACCGACGAAAACGUCGUAGUGCCAGUUAAACUGGAAAUAUGCACAAUUGUACAAGGGGACCAAAUUGUAUUACAGGAACCUCUGGCGGAAUUAAUAUUAAUACUGCAAAAGAUUUAUAUUAAAUCGGCUCUUAUGAGAUCAUCUAUUGUAGAUGAAUUAGCUAUUAUCUUGGAGUCUCUUUGCAGACGGAUGCCACGGCUUGAAACAGAACAUCUUAAUCUAGAUGACAAACUUGAUUUAAGCAACUCUAACACUAAGGCUCAAGAAAAAUUGCAAAAUGUUUUGUUAACGAUAAAAAUUUAUGAGGCUCUCAUAUCCUUCAGAAUUAGCGCCUGGUCCGUAAAUUGUACAGAUACCGCACAAAGUGUUAAAAAUCUAUUUAAAGGAUACCUGAAAUUUGUUGAAUAUAUUAAGCAUAUACCAAAGGCUAAAAAGGGAGAGAGAAAAAAUAAGAAGACCCAGAACGACCUAAAUAAUACGACUGUAAAAAAACCUGGUCGUCCAGGCAAUAUAAAACUGCCGCCCAGCAUCACGGAUUUGUUUACAGUGUACAAAACUCUGUGUCUCUUCUACUUGAAAUCUGUCUCCUGGGCAACUGCUGACCAAAUAGCCAUGUUAAUAGAUUACCACGAAUUCUAUCAUUACGUCUUGCGAACGUUGUUGCAAAUCUUGCAGAAUGUAAAACUGUUAACAGAAUACGAUUUACGGAAACACAAAGAACAGUAUAUGAAGACCUAUUACGAAAUUGGAAAAUUGUUGUACGAUCAUGUUGUUUUGGAUUUAAACAAAUUCCUCAAUACGGACGAGCAAGGCACUAUAUUGGCAUUGGAAUGUUUUAAAGAUUUAUGUUGCUUAAUGUGCACCUAUUUCUCCUCUGAAUUAUCGCGUUUUCUCGACGUUAUUGUUCCUAACAAGUCAACUCAGGUGGAAAAUUUUAACGGACAAUUAGAAAAUAUGACUGCUGCUUUACGUACGAGUUUCAGGACGUUCUUCAGCGAGAAAGAAGAACAUGAAGAGAAUUCUAAACAAAUACUCAGCCUAUUAUUGGAUAUUAUAUACCAACUAACACAAGAGAUCAAUUUUUAUGAAACGAAUGGCGAUGAAAUAUUUGAUUCAAUGAUGAAAUUCACACAAUUGGAAAAUAUGGAUCCUCAAGCUUCUUUAAUUGUUUUCCAAAUUCUAUUAUGGAUAGAGGAGCGUAAUAAGGAAUACGGGGAAUUAUUGAGCGAUAUUAGUCUUGCAUUGUGCGAGAAAAUAGGUAGCAUUGACAAGGCUGAGGUACCGGAGAAUGAUAAAUUUAAAAUCAUCCACGAAGAUACAGCGGAUAAACUUUAUAAUUUGGUAAAUAACUCAGUAAAAGAAAAGUUAGACAAUGUGUCUUGGUUGUUAGUACGACUUAAGGCUGAACAAAAUGUUGUUUGUUCGCCUGGCACAGACCUCGAAGAAUAUCAGGAAAAGGUGAGAACACAAGAACGCAGUUUGUGCAGACAGUUGUCACAUAUUAUACAAAUACUUUAUACAUUAGCCAACGUUGCUAUUAAACCAGGACCAUCCACAGAUAUUAUGUUCAAAAAUUUACAAACCUUAUACAAUCUACUUAGCACUCUUACAAAAUAUUUUAAUGGAAAAUCUAGUAAACAAAAUGCAGCGUUUCAAUCAGUAAAAUUUAUUCAAGUGAUUCAAUCAGCUGGAAAACCAUUAAAAUCCGCGUUUUAUAACCUAAUAACGCAUACUGAAGAAAAUCAAAAUGCAUCAAAGUCGAAGGCUGAUUCACAUGUGCAAAGAAACAAGAUUUUGAAAGAGACCAAAUUUAUACCCAAUGUGGUAUAUGAAAUCGAACAUUUUCACAACGAAGUUUUAGCACUUGAUAAAAAAACUGGCGUUCCACUUGAAACUUACAUAAAGCACAGUAUAACGCGAGAUUUCCGUAUAAAAAAUACGCAAUUGGCAGAAGCACUGGAGAAGAUGGAUAUAAGUGCGCUAGACACACAGAAUUCUCAUCGCAGCAAUGCAUCUAAUUCGGAUAUAAAUGUAGACGCGUCUAUCGAAUCGCCUACAAGAACACCACCGUCUUCAAAACGUUCUAGGAAAAACGAUGCCUCUUCAAAAUCGCCUACAGAAUCCCCACUUUCAAAACGCUCAAGAAGAUCGUCAGAAUCAUGAAAUUUUUAAUGUCCUAAUAUUACGCAUUCCUCGUUUUAAUACAAAGUUUAAUUCUACAUUUUUCUACUGUUUCUUUAUACAAAUCUAGUUACAUCGUAUGUAAGAACACAUGCUUAUUAAAUAUAAAUAUUCUAUUACAGUAUGUUGUAUUUUAAAAUAUAGAAUAUUUAAAUAUAAUAUAAAUGAAAUAUAAACGUUUUAAUUACCUCAUAAAAUUAAUGAUUUUUAUUUAUAUAUUCACCUUAUCCUCAAUACCAUGUUCUUGAUUUUCCAAAAAAAUAUAAUCGAAAAAUAAGAUUUAGUAAAAAAAAAAA